AUGUCCGACCCCAAACCCACUGAACAGCCCCCAGCGGCCCAGCUUGAGAAGCACGAUGAGGCUGCAGCACUAGCUCCCGAAGCUCUUCAAGCUAACGACCAGCCGUUGGAGGCUCCCGUUGCUGCACCUCCUGCGACUAUCGCCAACGAGGAAGCGGAGCCCCAAGCACUGCAGCCCACCGGAGAAACUCCAACGAAGGAGCUGUCCACUGCGAAUCAUGAUCCCAUUGCUCCUCUCUCUGAGGCGACCAAGCCCGAGUCUUCAUCUCCGGCCGAGUUGCCCGAAUACAUCACUAAAAUUGCCGGUCUGGCCCAGUUCUUUGAACAGCUGCCCAAGAUUGUGACUGAAACGGGCUACUCGGAGAUGUGGGGGGUGCACCUCAAGAGCCAUGAGGACGUGCCCACCGUCAACGUCCUGAUCAAGUUCCUCCGCGCCAAUGAGGGAAAUGUUCAGGCGGCUCAGGAUCAGCUGCGAAAGGCGCUGGAAUGGCGCAAGCAGACCGACCCCAUGGCUCUGGUCGAGUCGGGCCGUUACAGUGCGGCCAAGUACAACGGUCUGGGCUAUCUGACCACUUACGAACAAGACGGACGACCCCUGGUUUUCACCUGGAACAUUUAUGGUGCUGUCAAGAAUGUCAACACUACAUUCGCCGACUCGAACGAAUUUGUCAAAUGGCGUGCGGCGCUCAUGGAGAUGGCUGUGCAGGACUUGAAGAUGAAGGAUGCCACCGAGGUCAUCGACUAUGAUGGCACAAAGGACCCCUACCAGAUGAUCCAGGUUCAUGACUACUUGAACGUCAAGUUCCUGCGCAUGGACCCGGUCGUACGUGUGGCGACCAAGCAGACCAUCGAGGUGUUCUCGACCGCCUAUCCCGAGCUGCUGCGCGAGAAGUUCUUCGUCAAUGUCCCUUCCAUCAUGGGCUGGAUGUUCUCCGCCAUGAAGCUCUUCCUGAGUCGAAACACCACCCGCAAAUUCCACCCCAUCGCGAACGGCGCCAACCUUGCUCGUGAAUUCCCCGCCGCCAUUGGAGAUCAGAUCCCCAAGACCUACGGCGGAAAGGGCCCCGAGCUGAAGGAUGGCGCGCGCACGGUGCCCCUCGUCGAGGAUGAGGUGAAGUCCGAGCAGGUCGACCGUGAGAACCAGCCUGUCCAAGUCGCGAGUGAGAUGAAUGCUUCACCGGCUCCUGAGAAGAGUGAGCAGACUGUUGCCCAGGAUGCGACUGCCACUCCCGGUGACCAGCCAGCCAUGCCCACCAGUCAGCCGACCAAGGAUGCGGUGGUAACGGAAGAGGUGAAACCUGUGGGAGAGGUGGCCAAGUAA